GAAACUAUUAAGAGAUAUGAAAAUGAAUGGAAAAAUACUUUUUUUGUUAUAAUGUCCGAUUUGUGGUUAGAUCAAUCAAAGACGCUUGCCAAAUUACGAGCGAUGUUUAAACAUUAUCAAGAUAAAAAUUUGAUGCCAUUUGUUUUCGUAUUAAUUGGAAAUUUUUUAUCUGAACCGUUUGUAAACAUUGAGACUCACUCCGCUAAAUAUCGAGCGGCCUUUGAUAAUCUAGGGAACCUUGUUGCAGAGUUUCCUAGCAUAGCAAGAUAUUCACAUUUUGUAUUCGUACCUGGGUGUUCUGAUUUUUGCAUGAGUGGAAGAUCUCCACAGAGGUACAUACCAAAUAUGUACACUUCUCGAUUAAAAAGUAAAAUACCUAAGGCUGUAUUCGCUAGCAAUCCUUGCAGAAUAAAAUAUUGCAGUCAAGAAAUUGUAAUUUUCCGUGAAGAUAUCGUUUAUAAGGUUAAACGGAAUAUAAUUCGAACCUCAAAUCUGUUGAAUGCACAGGAGAGCCCAGAAAUACAGGUUGCCAAAACUUUACUACAACAAUCGCAUUUAUGUCCGUUUCCGUUGUUUAUGAAGCCUAUCUAUAAAGAUUAUGAUUAUACUCUAAGAUUGUAUCCAGUCCCUGAUGUUGUAGUGGAUUUUCGUCAGGUGGAUACAAGUGGAUGGUUUAUUGGCCUUGGUCAAGAAAGUCUGAAUCUUGUGAUGGUACUUAAAAAUUCAAAUGUCACUAGUUACGAAG